AUUUUCAGGGAAGGGAGGGGGAAGAAUUGUUCUCAUCCGGUGGAAGCGUCUUUCUCCCCGCAGUGUCAAGAUCAUGGCGUCGCUCCGUGUGGUCGUGUUCUCCGGCACCGGGAGAACACUCCUCAACACAUCCAAAUCUAUUCAUACUCCACGGGCCAACAUGUCAUUCGCUAGCCUGCCGAAAAGGAAGAAGAUAGCCCUGACCACGAUUGGAGUGCUGACGACAGGAGGAGCAGGUCUGGCUCUGAUGCUGCAGCAGUCAGUCAAGGCUUCUGAUUUGGAGCUGCACCCUCCGUCAUACCCCUGGAGCCACAACGGCUUGCUGUCCUCCCUCGACCAUGCCAGUAUUCGUCGUGGGUAUCAGGUGUAUAAGCAGGUGUGCUCGGCCUGUCACAGUAUGGAGUAUUUGGCCUUCCGUAACUUGGUGGGAGUGUCACACACAGAGGCAGAGGUCAAGACUCUUGCUGAAGAGAUUGAAGUUGUGGAUGGUCCUGAUGACACUGGAGAGAUGUUCACCCGUCCUGGAAAACUCUCAGAUUACUUCCCCAAACCCUAUGCAAACCCCGAGGCUGCCCGUGCUGCUAACAACGGUGCUCUGCCCCCUGACCUCAGCUAUAUUGUCAGUGCCAGGCACGGAGGUGAAGAUUACGUGUUCUCUCUCCUGACGGGUUACUGUGAUCCUCCAGCUGGUGUGUCUGUGAGGGAGGGCCUGUAUUACAACCCUUAUUUCCCUGGCCAGGCUAUUGGUAUGGCACCUCCCAUCUACAAUGAAGUGCUCGAGUAUGAUGAUGGAACUCCUGCCACCAUGAGCCAGGUUGCUAAAGAUGUCUGUACCUUCCUGAGGUGGGCAGCUGAGCCUGAACAUGACCAACGUAAACGUAUGGGACUGAAGAUUUUGAUGGGCGCCUCCAUACUUGUUCCCCUGGUCUACUACCUUAAGAGGCACAGGUGGUCUGUGAUGAAGAGCAGAAAGAUUGCCUACAGGCCUCCCAAAUAAAGCCAAACUGCUGCCUUAACCAGGCCUCGACACAAAGUGAAAACUUGAUUCACGAUUGUACGAUCUUUUUCAGAAUGCACAAUGCUUCAAGAUAAGGUUGCUAUCAUCAAUAAACGCUGGGCAUUGUAUCAGAUAGGUGUCCUUGCUCCUAAAUGACUUGGGGAGUGGGACCUGAGACAACCUUUGUGAUGUUUUACUGUAAAAUAAAUAUUAUCUCAAUUAAUUAUUUGUGGUUGUUUGUAAGUUGUGUGCUCAGGGGCGAAAAAUCAAAAAUACAUUUGCAACCUUCUUGUGCGUUGUGAGAUCUGUCCUUGCAGUAGGCUCUCUACACUUUGUUGUGUAAAUAUUUAAUAAAAACAGUAUAUCCUAAUGACCUCUUAUAACCAA